UAAACCUGCCGAACGCGACCAAUGAAUCUCUGAUCGAGCACGUGAGGGGGAAUUCAUACUCCGCGGCGGCCCAAAAAUGAUGGAGAAGACACAAUGGAGUGAUCACACGAGUAGCUGAAGAAGAAGAGGUGUAAUCUCAAAACAUCACGAAUUUCUCGCGACUUACCGAGUUUGGAGGAUCAGUCUUGUAACGACAUUUGACGCGAGUGGACGAACUUUCCGAGUGUGUUUAGUGAAAAUAUCCGGGAACCAGAGUGAAGGAUGAAUAGUGAAUUGUGCUGAUUGGAAUAUCCUUCUGGAAGCUGGCAUUUAUUUGCAUACAGAACAAGUGUUAUGUUUUAGAAUAGCGAUAUUGGAUUGAAAUCUGUUUAGAGGCAAUAGUGAUUACUCGAGUUCUUUGAGCUAUCGGUGAUCUGAUUCAACAUCCGUGAAACAAGUGAGCGAUGCAGUGGAUUGUCCACAAAAAGAUGAAACUUUUAUGCCUUUUUGCGCUUUUACUUGCCCUGGCAGCGGCAAGCUCGAAUGAUGCCAACGAUUCAAACGGUACUACAAAUGACGAUGCCGACCUCAACCGAAUACGAGUGGAUCCGACUCUGCGAAAAGCAUUGUUGCGUGCAUUACGUAACCUUAAGGAUCGACAAGACGUAUCCAACAACAGUACGCAGGAUGGCUCCAACACAACAGAGGAGAACUUUGCCACCACAAUACUGGACGAAAUUCUUGAAGAAAGCACCAACAGCGAACGACAGGAGAAUGUCAAAUUUAACACCUACACUGUUGACACCGAAAAUGUGAAAGAGGACAACGAAAUUAUUAGGACGAUUGUCAUCUCUAAGCCAGAACCCACGUUGCCGCCAGUCAACGACGAAGAACUUUCCGCUGCUGUUUCUCUUCCAGAUCCUGUGAAAGAUCAAGACAAUGGUGUAGAUUCUAAUCAAGUAGCCCGCAGCGUUUCCUCCGGGUCAGCUAACAAACUGGAAGAUACUAAGUACGAUAAAGACUUUUUCGAGGCCACAUUCGUUAACACAGUAUCUAGCACUGCCACUACAGCUCAGGAACCAUCUACAACAACGACGACCACAUCAACUACGACCACCACAGAAGCACCGACUCACAAUGAAGACGGUGAAAACAUUGAAAAGGUUAAAAGUGAAGACGUUAAGAUCUACAAAGCUCCAUUAGUGGCGGCGUUUACCGUUCAGCAGGAUCAACAGGGGGUUCCGAGGAAUGUCAUCCCGCUGUUCCAAACUGCGCCAAAGAAAAAGCCUGCUGAGUUCAAUCCACCUGCACCCAUCGUUUCACCUACGGUUCCAAAUAUCCCACUUCAGCCAGUUUCGAGCCAUUUGAUAACUCCGUCCGUAGUUCCUCCCACAAUCUCGUUCGGUUCCCAAACUCUUGAAGAGAAAACACGUCUACUGGAACAGCAGCUGAUUAGUCUCCAAACGCAACAACGCAUUCAGGAGCAACUACUUCGUUCUAAAAUUAUUCAAGAACAACAAAUAAUUCUUCAACAACAACGACAACUGCAACAGCAACGGUUCAGAUUGGAGGAAGAAGCUCGUUUGCGACUACAGAAAUUCGAAGAAGAACAGCGUCUAUUCCGUCAGCAACAGCAACACCUGCAACAACAACAGCAACAAUUGAAGAACCACCAGCAGCAGCAACAACAAUUCAACCCCUUCUCAUUCCAGCAACAAACGGCCAAUCAACAGCAUCAACAAAACCGAAUCAUUCCUGAACCAUCACAACAGCAGUUUAUCCAAGAGCUCCCCCGUAACACACCAUCGAUUCCGUUCAUUUCGAAUAUACCUCCUCCUAACAAAUCAUUCCCGAUCUCGGUGGAACAACAGCUUCCGUUCAAGGAACCCGUCAACUUCCAAUCGAAUACCGCUCAAGGUACCUUGAUCGAGCAGGUCAAAUCGAUAAGUCCUCCGGUCCAGCAAUUCUCACCUCCCCAACUCUCCAAGCAACAACUCCUCCCGCUAAAAUCCUUCCAACAGUUCAACGCAAACCCAACCCACAGUCUGCUGACGAGCCAAUCGCAGCUCUCCCUGGAUCAACAGCUACCAAGCUUGCAGCGCAAUCGAGUUUUCCGACAUGAAUCCGACACGGGAAAUUUCGGAUUCAACCAGCAGCAGAGAACCAACACUCCCUUCCGGCCAUCGCAACCGAUCCCUAUUCCCCACUUCCAGAAUGGAGGCGGCUUCCAUCCAUUCGGAUCCGAUAACCAACUGCAGAGCUUGCUAUCUCAGUCUGGGUUUACCGCUCGCUCGGCGGAGGAUUUCAACAUAAUCACGAAGGUUCUCGCCCUAAACCACGGCAUCCCCCAGUCAUCCUCGCAGAAAAUGUUCUCCAAUCUUAGCCCCGAACAGCAGCAGCAGCUCUUGUUCCGGAAGAAAUGAGAACACUUAUCCCCCCCUCCACCCAGGUGCGCUGUCACCUGCUUCCCGAUUCACUCCGACACAAUUGCGCAAGACACUGUAUGAAUGGGCGAAUGAAGGUUUUGGAUGAUCGAACGAGCAUGAUCGAUUUAGUUAGUUAGCGAGUGAAAGCCGUCAGUGACCUAGUCUGUCAUAUUUAUUGAGUGUGCGUGAUCGCGUAUACGAAGCACACACACAUACACAUAAACACGCACCCACCCAGCGAACAUUUCUCCUCUGCAAACUGUAGUGACAACUGCUAAUUUUUUCCUUUUUGUCGGGAAUUCAUUUUCACGUGUAAUAUUUCUAGGCCAAUCAGUAAAUUAUUUGAUAGAGUAGGGAUUAAUGUACGUUUAGUUUGCCUCAACCGAAUACAAAUUGUGUUUAAUGUGGAAUUUCAGUAACUUUUGAGAACAUAACAGUUGUGUUACGAGUAGGAUAAGAAGGCAUUAUCCAGACAAAAUGGAUGACGUUUAAUCUGUAAUCAUAUGUACUAACUUAUCUGAAAUAAACGAUUUGUGU